AUGAAUCGGCAUUCCAUUGAUCAAUCGGUUGUUUGGUUCAAAAGACACAGACGUUAUUUAUGUCUAUCCGGUAGUGGAACAUCGGCACUUGGAGAGCACAGAAUUUUUACCAUAAAUCCUACCAAUAAUCCAGCAGACACUAUUUUUCAGAACAAUCAAAUUAAAUCAAGCAAGUAUACAGUAUGGAAUUUUCUUCCAAAAAAUUUGUUCGAGCAGUUUCGGCGAAUAGCAAAUUUUUAUUUUCUACUGUCAGCUAUUAUAGCGAUGUCUAACGAGUCUCUGGCGGCGUCAAUAACAACACUACUCCCCCUGGUGUUUGUAAUAUUUGUGACAGCUUGCAAGCAAGGUUAUGAAGACUUCCUGAGGCAUCAAUCUGAUUAUCGCGUAAAUGGUACUUCUGUUACUGUCAUACGCAAUAAAUGUAUGCAAGUUAUAAGAUGUGAGCAAAUAGUCGUAGGAGACUUAGUAAGAGUGUCCAGAGAUCAAGAUUUACCCUGUGACAUUAUUUUACUUUAUAGUAGUGAAUUAAACGGGUCUUGUUAUGUAACUACAUCUAAUCUUGACGGUGAAUCUAAUUUAAAGACUUUGCAAGUGCUGAAGGUAACUUUGAAUAAAUCAAUAGAAGAAAUAGUCAGCAUGGAGUGUCUAGUCACCUGUCAGCAUCCUCAAUCAAACCUCUACGAGUUCCACGGCAAAAUCGAAGUAAAGUUCUCCGAGAAUAACCUGGCUUCGGGGUUCAUUUCAAUUGACAAUGUACUGCUGCGAGGGUCGCGUCUCAGAGAUACCGAGUUUAUUAUCGGCGCUGCUGUGUACUCUGGAUCUGAUACCAAACUCUCUAAAAAUUCCAAACAAACUCCAAAUAAAUUCUCAACAGUCGAGAAGAGUAUUAAUUUGUACCUGGUAUUUUUUAUAUUUGUAUUGAUAUUAGAAAUAACUAUUUCUACGGUAUUGAAGCAAUUGAGUGAUUAUGAUCAUCAGGGGCAUCAUUAUUUGAAUAUUAACAGUACAACUAGUUUCUUUAAAGUUGUUAGAGAUUUUUUAUCAUUUACAAUUCUUUACAAUUACAUUGUGCCUAUAUCUCUUUACGUCACCGUUGAACUACAAAAAUUUCUGGGUUCAUUAUUUUUCCACUGGGACCUUGAAAUGUACGACGAGCGCAAUAACCAACCAGCAGUAGUGAACACAUCAGACUUGAACGAAGACCUGGGACAGAUCGAGUACUUGUUAACUGACAAAACGGGAACUUUAACAGAAAACCUGAUGGUGUUCCGUCGCUGCAGUAUCAACGGAACGAUGUACAUAGAAAAAGACUGCAAUGGAAAAAUUUACGAACUUCCGUUGAACGGAAACGAGCAUGAAGCUACAAAAGUAGUGACCUGGCCGCCAGAAAUUUGGCACUUCAUGAUCGCGUUGUCGCUCUGUCAUUCAGUCCAUGUCGCUCCUCCGAUUAUCAUGGACGGUGUCGUAGCGCGACGUACUGCCUUCCGUGAGAGCUUUCGCCAGAAAACGAUCCGACGAGUCAACAGCUCGCUGCUGAUGGAUCCGAGCUUGCCUGAGUAUCAGGCUGCUUCUGCGGAUGAGAAAGCUCUCGUGGAAGCGAGCGCUAGGUGCGGAGUUAUUCUCACUAAAUAUGAAGGUGACUUGUUGGAAAUAAAAGCUGGAGAUCAGUACUUGAGUUUUACUUGCCUGGAAAUUUUAGAAUUUACUUCUGAGCGUAAAAGAAUGUCUGUUAUCGUGCAAGAUUCUGCUAAUGAACUGUGGCUCUAUUCAAAAGGCGCUGACUCGGAAAUGUUUCCGCUGAUGCAUGAAGGAAAAAUCCAAGAAACUGAGCAGCAUGUCGCUGAUUUUUCACAAAGAGGUCUUAGGACGCUGGUAGUGGGCUGCAAAAAAUUGACAGUGCAAGAAUAUGACAAGUUUAUACGCCUGGCGGAACAAGCGAGGCAAAUAAUUGGCCCAGAAAGAUCUAAACAGGUGGAAAAGGUUUAUUUGUCGGUAGAAAGAGGAAUGACUCUGCUUGGAGCCACUGGGAUUGAAGACAGUCUUCAGGAAGGUGUUGAAGAAACACUGGAAUCGCUUCGAGCUGCUAAUAUUAAAGUUUGGGUACUGACUGGUGAUAAAGCUGAAACCGCUGAAAAUAUUGCGUUUUCUUGUGGACAUUUUAAAAGUGGUACCGAAGUAUUGAGACUUAUGGGACAAUCAACAGUACAAAUUUGUUUUAUCACAUUGACGAGUUAUGAGCGAAGAAUGAAAUUAGAGCCCUAUAAACAGUAUGGAUUAAUAAUGGACGGUGUGAGCAUGGCAAUAGCUUACAAUCAUUGCCCCGAAUUAUUGAGAAUAGUCGGAAUGUCUUGCGACGCAGUGGUAUGCUGCCGUAUGUCGCCGUUGCAAAAGUCAGAAUAUUUCUUCUAUAAAAACGUUGUUUUUAUCACGCCUCAAGUUUUUUUUGGUCUGUCAAAUGGAUUUUCUUCUCAGGCAUUAUAUGACAGUGUUUUUUUGAUGGGAUUUAAUAUUGUAUUUACUUCAACGCCAGUACUUGCAUUUGGUUUACUUGCGCAAGAUUAUUCAGCUAGUAAAUUAAUUAAUUAUCCGCAGUAUUAUACUUUAAAUAAAAAAAAUAGAUUAUUAUCAAUUAAUCAAAUAAUUAUUUGGAUGUUACUGGCAUUGUGGCAUACAAGUGUAAUAUAUUUUGGAACUUAUACAUAUUUUAAUAUAAAUCCAAUAAUUUUAAGUAAUCCUACAAUGGCUGAUUUUGCAUGUUUCAAUACAUGUAUUUUUCAUCUAGUUACACUAGUCACUAAUUUAGAGUUAUUAUUUAGAAAUUUAUAUUGGACAUUUCCAUUUGUAAUGAGCGUAAUUAUAUCUGAAUUAUUUUUUUUCAUAAUUGCUACUGCGUACUCUUCAAUCAAUAUACAAUUCAGUAGUCAAAUGUUUGGAGUAUUUGUCGAAUUAAUGUCUUCUCCGACAUUCUGGUUAUUGACAAUUUUAAUUGUCCCCAUAUGCCUGAUACCAGACUUCUUAAUUGCCGUUUACGAAAGCUACAGACCUUCAAAAUUAAAUUAUCAAGAUACUCGAGAGGAAAAUAUUCAGGAUAAUUACAGUGAAUGGAGCACACCCUCAUCUGAAGAGAGACGAUACAAUUUAACGCCUUGGCGAGGCACUUUUACGUUUUCAAGCACUUAG